AUGGGUUCAACGAUGGUGCGAAGCAUUUUCUUAUUUGCGCUCCUGACCAUUGCAAAGGCUUCUUUUGUCUUCCAACUAAAUGGCACAUCAUAUUACUCACCGGACGAAGCCAUUGGAAAUCUGGCGGCAGAAUGGUCACAAUAUAUCCAUUAUCCUACACCAGGGACCCUUCUCUCCUCAUCAUCGAACUGGAACUCUAUGACUGCGAGCCAAAUCGAAUCAGUGAUAGCAGACUUCGGAAAGAGAGAUGACGUCUUUUCGCCAAACUUUCUCUCAGCAGUUGUAAUCAGCGAGAGAUCUCACCAGUUAUCAGAGGAUGCAGAGCAGUAUUUUGAUUCCAUUGGAGCUGAGGUUUUGAAUUACUUUGAUCGCGACCAAUCUCUUCCGUCCGGACCCUACUUGUUCCACCCAUCUGGAAAGAUCACCAGGGUUUAUCGGUUAUACAGAGACCACAAUUUUGCGUUCGAGACGCCUGUCACCGAGGGGCCCAAUGGAUCUUAUAUUCCCCUGACUGGAGCGGUUGAGACCGAUGCCAAUGGAGCACUAAGCGUUGCUGUACCGUCGAGGUUAUACUAUCCACCACCUUCAAAGGAGAGACCGUUAUCUGGCAAGCGACUAGUAGUCAAGGACAACUACGAUCUGAAGGGCAUCCGCACCGUUUCCGGUUCGCGCGCCAUCCGCGAGCUGAACGAUCCCGCAAGCGAGAGUGCCCCGAGUCUACAGAGGCUCAUCGACUUGGGCGCAGUUGUCAUCGGAACAGUGAAAACAACCCAGGUAGCACUGGGUGAAGUGCCCGCUGACUUCGUUGACCAGAUCGCCCCGUUCAACCCCCGCGGCGAUAACUACCAAAGCCCUGCCUUCUCUUCCUGUGGAACCGGCGCCGGCGUGGCCUCGUACGACUGGGUCGACUUCGGCACGGCAAGUGACACAGGCGGCUCGAUCCGACUACCAUCAAAAGCCAACGGUCUCUUCGGCCUAAGGCCCACAAACGGGAGUCUUCCGAUCACGCAUAUCUUACCGCAGUCUCCAAUCUUCGACGUCCCGGGUCUUCUAUCACGAUCGGCCUUAUUGUUGCAGACCGCAUAUACAAACUGGUUCCCCAGCAAACCUUACGCACAUCUGCCAAAUCGAGUCAUUCUGCCAACCGAGUUCUGGCCAACGGAGAAUGCAACAUCCAUGCCUGUUUUCGAGUCUUUUCUGUCACACUUAUCAUCGUACCUAAACGCUACGAUCGACAAAGUAGACACCAACAGCUCGUUCAAGCUACACACGAAUCACCCCGAGGGCAUACAGCCCUACCUCCAAUCGGCGUACUCAAACAUAACAAACUUUGACCAAGUGAGGCUGUGGUGGCAGCCCUUCAACGCCGCGUACCAAGCCAGGUUCGGGCGGUCACCUUACAUAGGCCCCGUGCCAGCAUCGCGCAUCGAGCGGGGAGAAACGCUCACCCAAGCCCUGUACGACGAUGCCCUCACGCGAGUGGAGACUUAUAAGGACUGGUUCAACUCGCACGUCUUACCAACUUGCGAGUCUGCCGUUCUUGUAUACCCUCUCGGCGCCGGACUGGAAGAAUACCGCGAUAUCUACCCGGAACCGCCCAGUCCGGUAUUCGGCGGCAGCUAUCCUGCGACCUUUAUGAGCGUCUUGUCGGGGGCUCCCGACUACGCGAUUCCCAUUGGCGAGCGGGCUUAUUUUUCGAGGGUCACGCGGCGCAAUGAGACGCUGCCGGUGACCGUGGGCGUCAUGGCGGCUGCUGGGUGUGACAAGAUGUUGGUGGACCUGGUGGCUGGGAUGGCGGAUUCAGGGCUCCUCGUGGGUGAGGUCAAGACAGGGCGAGCGAUGUACUGA